CAAUAAACACAACUGAGAAUAAUAAAAACUCGAUUAUUUUUCGUUGAAAAUACCACAAGCGACAAGGGUUUGAGUCGAUUUUUGAGGAGCUCCGACGAAUUUCGAAUGAGGGGUGGAAAAGGAGAGAUCCGGCGGUAACGGUAGCAACAGUUCAAUUAGUUGCAGCAAUUUUAAUAAAAUUAAACAAAUUAUAACAUUAAGAAAGCAAAAGAGAUACUGCCUUUUUAUUAAUAAAAAAAUUAAGACAGAAUCAAAAAGGAAAAUUCCAAAAAUAAUUAAUUUUGAAACUAUCAUUGAUAAAUAUCCAGACGAUGUGUUUUAUAAUCAUUUUCGAAUGACUAGAAACACUUUUGAAAUAUUAUAUAACAAGUUGAAACCAACAUUUAAAAAUUGCUACGUUGGGCGAUCGAAAAAUUACAGCUUAAAAUAUGGUUUAUAUAUGACAAUUUGGAAAUUAGCUAACAGAAAUUCAUUUCGCGAAAUUAGUGACCGAUUUGGAGUAGCGCAGGGCUCUGCUUAUCGAAUUUUUAUAAAAUGUGUCACAUUGAUAGCAAAUUUAAAAAGCAAAGUAAUUAGAUUUCCUCGAACUGCUACUUCACAAAGGAAACUAAUUGAGGAAUUUGAAAAAAUCCGUUGCCGACCAUUCCCGAAUACAAUUGGAUGCAUCGACGGCAUGCAUAUUAGCAUCAGUAAACCGUUAAAAGAUCCAAUAAGCUUUUAUAAUAGAAAAGGAUUUUACUCAAUCCUUGUUCAAGGAAUAGUGGAUAGCAAAAUGAAGUUUUCUGAUGCUUUCGUGGGCUACCCUGGUAGUUGCCACGAUGCAGCUAUGUGGAAUGACAGUCCAAUAAAAAAGGCAAUUACCAGUGGUAUUAUAUCCAUUCCACCAGAGAAUCAUUUAAUAGGCGAUGGAGCGUAUAGUUUACAAAUGUACAUGAUGACUCCAUUUAAAGAUAACGGGCAUUUGACCGAAAAAGAAACAAGAUAUAAUACGGCUUUAAGUUCAACCCGUGUUUUAGUUAAACAGGCUUUUGGGAUUUUGAAGAAAAAAUGGAGAAUGUUACAUCAUCUGGAACUUCAUAAUCUAAGUUUAGCAAAAACCAUAAUAAUGGCAGCUAUUGUUCUUCACAAUAUUGUAAUUGAUCAUGAAGGAGUUGAUGAAAACGACACAAGUCGAAUCAAUACUGAAAAUAUUAUUUGUACUACUACAUCGAGUUUUCCAAACCAAGAAGCCUCAAAUAAAAGAAACAUAAUAACAAAUUUGAUAUGUGCUUAAAAUAAAAUAACCUUUCUUUGAAUGAAUCAUAUUUUCUGUUUCUGUAAGUUUUUGAAAAAAAAUAAAACAAAAGUUUCAAAGUAAA